CUCUUACACAAAUUAAACACCGAUGGAUAAUUUAUUGUGUAACAUGGCGAGUAACAGUCGAUACUCGUCUUAUAAUUGCUUAACUUCGUGGGACUCAUAUGACAAGAUACCAAGAGUCCGUGUGGAAUAUUACGUAAAUGAAAAUACAUUCAAAGAAAGACUGCAACUUUACUUCAUUAAGAAUCAGAGAUCAAGCCUACGAAUACGCAUCGCCGACUUGUUUUUUAAGUUACUAGCAUGUGUUCUGUAUAUACUACGUGUGAUAACGGAUACGAAUCCAACAUUUGCUACAUGUUAUGGCUGCUCAGUGAGCAAUAAAACCGAAUUUCUCGUUUCGGCUCAAUUAACGGAAGAGGAGUUUCAGGAAAACCCCAUUAUCAAUUGGGAGGCUAUCUUAUGGGUGAAUCGGCCUACAGUGCUGUGGGCGGCACAAUUAAUUUUAGCAUUAGUAUCACUAACGGAGGCGGUUCUUCUAACAUAUCUAGGCUAUAAGGGAAAUAUCUGGCAACAGAUUCUUUCAUUUCAUUUCAUUCUAGAAUUAAUUACGACAAUACCAUUUGCAUUAACGAUACUAUGGUCGCCUUUAAGAAAUUUAUUUAUACCUAUAUUCCUCAAUUGCUGGCUGGCGAAGCGGUCGUUGGAAAAUAUGUUCAACGAUUUGCAUCGUGCCAUGCAAAAGUCACAAUCCGCGCUCUCCCAACAACUCACCAUACUCUCCGCCACACUGCUGUGUCUGGUGUUUACAAGCGUCUGUGGCAUACAGCAUUUUCAACGCGCCGGUCAUCGUCAUUUGAAUUUGUUCCAGAGCACGUAUUAUGUGGUUGUGACAUUCUCAACAGUCGGUUAUGGCGAUUUUGUGCCCGAUAUAUGGCCUUCACAACUUUAUAUGGUGAUUAUGAUUUGUGUGGCACUUAUAGUGCUGCCGACACAGUUCGAACAAUUGGCCUUCACGUGGAUGGAGCGCCAAAAACUGGGCGGUAGCUACUCGUCGCAUCGCGCGCAAAGUGAAAAACAUGUAGUCGUCUGUUCCACCACGUUGCAUGCGGACACAAUCAUGGACUUCCUCAACGAAUUUUAUGCGCAUCCACUGCUACAAGACUACUAUGUGGUACUGCUGAGCCCCAUGGAGCUGGACACUACAAUGCGUAUGAUAUUGCAGGUACCGAUUUGGGCGCAACGUGUCAUUUAUAUUCAGGGUUCCUGUUUAAAGGAUGGGGAUUUGGCACGUGCGCGCAUGAAUGAAGCCGAAGCCUGCUUCAUAUUGGCCGCUCGCAAUUAUGCUGAUAAGACUGCAGCCGACGAGCACACGAUAUUGCGUUCGUGGGCGGUUAAGGAUUUUGCGCCGAGUGUGCCACAAUAUGUGCAGAUAUUUCGGCCGGAGCACAAACUGCAUGUGAAAUUCGCUGAGCACGUCGUCUGCGAGGAUGAAUUCAAAUAUGCGCUGCUGGCCAAUAAUUGCACUUGUCCCGGCGCGAGUACGCUGGUCACAUUAUUGCUGCACACAUCGCGCGGACAGGAAGGCCAACAAUCACCGGAGGAAUGGCAUCGCCUUUAUGGCAAGUGCUCGGGCAACGAAAUCUAUCACAUUGUACUUGGCGACAGUCGCUUCUUCGGCGAGUACGAGGGCAAAAGUUUCACUUACGCCAGCUUUCAUUCGCAUCGGAAAUAUGGCGUUGCUUUAGUAGGCGUGCGACCAGCCGAGCUGCCUGAAUUCUAUGAGGAUACCAUUUUACUGAAUCCCGGGCCGCGGCAUAUCAUGAAGAAGGAUGACACAUGCUAUUAUAUGAGCAUCACAAAGGAGGAGAAUUCGGCAUUUGUUGUCAAUCAAAAUCAAAAUCAAAAUUUGGAUACACAAGCGACGACAAAAGACGGUGCAACUGAUAAUCUAACGUCUGUGAUAAUCUCAGAUUCGAAGCAGAAUCUCAAGGAUACAACGGUGACAUCGAUGAAUGCAACGCAAACACCCUCAGCAACAACAACCACUACAGUCACCACAACGAUACCGCCGAUGCUGGGUGGCGGUGGCGGCGGAAAUGGCAUGGGUGGUGGCAGCAGUAGUGGUGGCUGUGGGCUAGGUGGUGGCGGUGGUCUAAGUCUGCCCACUGCCACGCUAACCACCAGCAAUCACUUGGAUGUGCCGCAAGCGGGGAAUCCAAAUCUACUAAGUCCCGACGUGCUCAAUCAGCGAAGAGGAAGUCGGCGACCAUCCAUACUACCAGUACCCGAUAUGUUCACCUCAUCUUCAUUCAGCAUAUCAGGCAACGAUGACGGCGAAGAAGGCGAUGAGAGUGAGGACGAAAUCGAUGAUGAUGUGCCCUGGCGUUCGCCAUCCGAAAAAAUAGCCAUCGUUAAGGGAUUCCCGCCCGUGUCGCCAUUCAUCGGUGUCAGUCCGACGCUGUGUUAUUUGCUCAAAGAGAAAAAGCCAUUAUGUUGUCUACAAUUGGCGCAGGUUUGCGAGCACUGUAGCUAUCGCAAUGCCAAGGAGUAUCAAUGGCAAAACAAGACGAUUAUCCUAGCAGCCGAUUAUGCAUCGAAUGGCAUUUACAACUUUAUCAUACCGUUACGUGCACAUUUCCGUUCGAAAACGUCAUUGAAUCCGAUUAUAUUAUUGUUGGAACGUCGGCCGGAUGUGGCCUUUCUUGAUGCGCUCUCCUACUUCCCGCUGGUCUAUUGGAUGCUCGGUUCGAUCGAUUGUUUAGAUGAUUUGCUGCGCGCCGGGAUCACAUUAGCCGAGAGUGUUGUGGUGGUGAACAAAGAAUUGUCCAACUCAGCAGAGGAAGACUCCCUGGCCGAUUGCAAUACCAUAGUUGCGGUGCAAACCAUGUUCAAAUUCUUUCCGAGCAUCAAGAGCAUCACCGAACUAUCGCAAAGCUCCAAUAUGCGUUUCAUGCAGUUUCGUGCACACGACAAAUAUGCGCUGCAUCUGAGCAAAAUGGAGAAGCGCGAAAAGGAGCGUGGCUCGCACAUCUCUUACAUGUUUCGUUUGCCUUUUGCUGCCGGCGCCGUUUUUAGCGCUUCCAUGCUGGAUACGCUACUCUAUCAGGCAUUCGUAAAAGAUUAUGUGAUUACAUUUGUGCGCUUGCUGUUAGGCAUUGAUCAGGCACCGGGUAGUGGCUUUCUCACUUCGAUGCGCAUCACCAAGGAUGAUAUGUGGAUACGUACCUACGGUCGGUUGUAUCAGAAACUCUGUUCGACAACUUGUGAGAUACCGAUUGGCAUUUAUCGUACUCAGGACACAUCGAAUACGGAAGCAUCACAUUAUGACGAAGAAGCGGGUACACCCGAUUCGACGAAGGGCAGCAGCGAGGUCCUUCGUGGCGUUACAUACCGACCGCCUUCGGCAUCUGGUCACCAUCAUCAAAGCCAUCCAUCACAACACAAAUCGACCACCUGUCUGGGUGGCUGUUCGGAACGGAAAGGCUCAUCAUAUUCGAUCAAUUUGGCCGAUGAGGCGCGCAACAAUCAUGCACAGCAAAUCGAACGCGCCGAAAUAGCGAAUCUGGUGCGGAGCCGCAUGGACUCAUUGAAUUUGCCAACAAAUGACUACGAUGACGUGAGCGAGAAGCGAAAUCAUCUCUCAUAUGUGAUAAUCAAUCCGAGCUGUGAUCUCAAAUUGGAAGAGGGUGAUGUCAUCUACUUGGUGCGCCCAUCACCAUUUUCAGCGCAAAAAACGUUCGAACGUCACAAUUCGCGCCGCAAAUCAAACAUAUCCUUCUGUUCGAAUAUCAAUUUGGGUGCAGCUUGCGGUCCAAAUGUGAAUGCGAAUACUGGCGCUGGCUCGCGUCGUGGUUCCGGCAUAGCCGGUCUUAAUCCGAUGCAAAUGCAAAGCGUUCAGACGUUGGCCGGUCCGACGGUUGUUGGCUCGCAGCGCGGCCGGAGCAAUUCAUUGCGGAUUGACAAUGACAUAUUGCUGCGGCGUUCUUCCUCAUUGCGUCAGGGCUUACCCAAUGUUGGUGUAAGUCAUGGCCGUCGUAAAUCUUCGUUGGAGGAGAUAGGCAUCAGCCACUUUACAACGCUGAUGCAGGCAACAAAUCAUACGAAUCCCAUAAAAAUUGCACUCAAUGGCAGUAUAGGAUUGGAGGUCACGCCACCCGAAGAGCCUACACCAAUACUAGGUGUACCCUGCAUAGUUGCCGGUGGCCCCGGCGGUGGCAUCAAUCCCUCAGCACUGGGUGGCUCCACUCUAGGUGGUGGUUCAUCGCUCGCCAUCAAUACAGCCGAUCUUGGUGCAUCACCUACAUCGAGUAACAUAAAUUCACCGCUACAAGUGCCACAACAGGAUUCACAACAAUCCGGACAAAUGCAAUCACCGCAACAUUUACAAGGGACAAUUGUAUGAUACAACCUUAUGUGGGGUCGCAGACUCCGCUCGUCGAUAUCGAAGAAAAACAAAUGGAUAUAAUAUAAGUAGAAAUCGGAGCGGUGCUAAGGCGGAGUAACUGCAGCGUAGACAAACACAGCAAUACCCGAGUAGUUACAUAGGACAUUAGAGUUCACACUUAUACAUACUUUCAUAUGGUAUAUACUCGUAUGUGUAGAUGAUACGUACGAGUAGUUAACAGCAAACGAAAUAGGAAAAAAAUAAAUGGACGUAUGUAUGCGCACAUAUAGCAUACAUAUGUACAUAUAUGUAUACUCAUAUCACCAGGCACGCCAUUGGAAGAAUGAGUGGAGAGAUAGCGCGAAAGGUUAUGGGUGAAAGGAGGCGUACUUUGGAAUUAGUCAUGUAGGCGUGGGUGAAUGUCGUCGAAGCGGUGCUUGUUCACAUGCAACGAUCUGAAAACUGCUGUAUAAUUGUAUUUGAGCGAUAUUUCGUUAAAGCUUCUUAGUGAUUAAAUAAAUUUAUGUACAUAAAGUGAUGCGUUCAAUUGUAGUUGUAGUUAAUGCGUAAAGUUAAACAUGAACUUGUAGAUGUUAAGGUAUGAAACAAAUUUAUUUAUGAAAUAUUAUUUCAUUAUAUGUAUGUAUAGCACAUGCAUAUGUAUAUAUGUAGAUACUAUUAGAGCAGAUUUUUCAUCUGUAAUUUUUUUUUCUUACAAUAAAAAUUUCUUUAGCCAC